AUGGGAGAAGUUAGUGUUGAUCAGGCAGUCAAUUUGAUAUCCUCUGGGAGGCUCAAAGAUCGGAUAGAUGGACUUGAAGAUCUCAAACACAUCUUGCUUCAAAACAGGCGCUCUCCUAGACUGGGUUCUUUGAACGAUAAAGUAUAUCACGGUAUCUUUGAGACUCUUUUCCGAUUUAUUGCUAUUGAGAAAUCGACGUUCAGUAAAGCGAAUCGAGCUGUCUCCAAAACGCAAGCAGCAAGCAGACUGGCAAAAUGCGCUGGUGUCAUUAGAACUGCAGCUGAAGUCUCCCUACGUCGGAUUAGGACGAAAACUGUGAUUGCUCUUGUUAACCAUGUUAUUGAUUCAUUGACAAUCCCCGGGGAAGGGUUAUGGGAAUCUCUAAGUGCAGAUUACAUAAAAACCCUGCGAGUGAUUCUACAAUAUCCACCCCAUGUUGAACAUCUUUCCAAAGAUGUCUGGUGUGAUCUGCUAGAAUUCUGCCUCCAGGGCCUUGGACUUGCAGGGGAUAGCAACUCGCUACAGAUGAGCAUCCGGCGAGGCCGAUCCAUACCACCAGAAGAGUUCAGCCAGAGUAGCCGUUCAACUCCCCAUCCAACAUCGGCACAAUCCUCUUACCCAUCGUCUAAACAAGAUUCAAGGGGCAGCUCUGAGGACCUUGAAGUCUGCAUACAGGUGUUAGUCGCUUGUCCAGGUAUGCCAGUGCUCGAGAAUGCACCGAAACUACUUCAUAAUCUUUCAAAAUAUAUAGCUUCACUAAAUCCAAUGGGAAGCGCACCCCAUGCAGCUUUCACUGCUCUUAACACGACCCUCUCUAUUGCUAUCUUGGAGAACAUUACUCUUGUUCAAGAUACCCUUUGCGCCGUGAUACCUACCAUUAGAAGUUAUUGGUCUACAAAGUCUGUUGUGCUCAAAGAAGAGAUGCUAGCUACCCUUCUUAUAGGAAAAGAAAUCCUAUGCAGAAGAGGCCAAGCUCUCCAGCCGGAAUUAGACAUCGAAAUUAUCCAAGGUAUCGUAGACAGGUUGCAUUCGGAAUAUGUUCGGCUUCCUGAGAGAGAAGCCCUGCAGGUUGACGAUUUAAUUUUCUCCCACCACAUUAUUCCUAUGCAUGUUGGCCUUCAGUUUAUCUCACCAAAUACAGGAGUCUCGAAAGUCAUGCAGAAUUGGACAAUUUUGUCACUCAUAGCGGCAUUCUCAAGGCUUAUUGACAAUUAUCACUCACGCGAGAAACGUGACUUGGCGGAAGAAAAGUCCUUGAAUAAAAAGCAGCAUCUUCUUUCUAGAAUUGAUGAUAUUCUGAUGGAUGCUUCAAGACCUACUGGGAAUAAUCGUAUUUGUGCGUUACAACUCAUACCAUUCAUCGUAUCAGAAACAGAGCCAGAAGUCGGACGCCUCUCUACACUCCUUGGGCAACUAAUUAAAAAUACCCUCGAUGACAAUGUUGUGGUCGCUUCUUGGAGUAUUGUUGCAAUUACCAGUCUUACUCUCUGCCGGCACGCCAAAUCUGAUCAGAUCAAGGAAACUUGGCUUCAAGCAUGGGAAUUAGGUGUACGAAAUAUAUCCUCUCCAGCUAUCUCGCGAGCCGUCUGUCAUUUUAUGGCUGUAUCCAUUCACUCUAAGUUGUUGAGCUACUCGGAUAUUGCUCGAACACUCGAUUCCCUGGUGUCUUCCGCAGACAUGAACGGUCCUGCAAACCUCAACGAUUCGUCCUUGAAUCUUUGGGUCAAUGUUUUAGAACUGUGGUCGGAGGUAAAUGCUACACAGAGCCAAAGCCUUGUUAAACAAGCUUUCCCGACAGACAGAGUUCAAACCAGCCAUAUGGCAACUUUUGCUCGGCCCUUUCCUCUCCUUGGCAUUUUACUGUCAUGUUUUGGAGCGUCCAUACCGAACCCAGAUUUAUCCUCUACAGGCCCAGUAAAUCGCAUCUCUAGGGUUUGGAUGCAUUUACAACAUCAUGCAAAAAUUCUCGAUUACUUGACACUCACGGACAAGAAAACGACUGUUCAUUCAGAAAUAGUGGGUAAUGUACCAAUCUAUGUCGCUACUAGACACCACCCUUCCGAGACUCUGGUUCUUGACCUCUUACAGUAUAAAAUUGAUACCUUUCAUCAGGUGUGGGCUGCUCUCUGCACUGAUAAGGGGCAUCAUAUCACUGUGGAGAUUAUCCAAGUCCUUACCUCUCUAUGCGUCAUCUCUAUAAUCAUGAUGGAGUUCAUACCGCAAUCAUUAAGGAGCCAGCACACCCAAGAUUCCGUUCUUAAACUUUGGGCGAGUUUAUGUGAUAAAUUUUCCAAGGAUGAGGAGCACCUAAAUACAUGUUUAGAGGUGUUAGCUCCUAUUGUUCUCUCGUUGAAAGCUCCAUUUGACUCGAAGGAUAUCAUUUUGCGUGGCCUAGUCCGGAUGAGUGUGCUACUCGUCCCUAUACUGGAAAGAGAUAGACAAUCCGAUGAAAUCAAUUCGCAAGCAAGUGAUGCUAUGGAUGUUGACACGGAUUUCCCAUCCCAACGGCCCGCGGCCAUGGAGUCGAGUCUUAUUUCAAAGAUACACCGAAGUGACAGCGUUGUCUCACUAUUUCCAGAUAGCGCCUCCGUUCGAAUUGCGACCUCUAUUCAGCUUAUGGUAAUCUGCAAAAUCCGCCUAGCUGAGGAACCAUGUUUACUCCUUGAUGGCCCACUGAUAGGAUACCUCACAACUUUAACUGAAACAGAAAUCCUCGUCGGAUGGAAAUAUGUCAUUGACAUCUUCAAAGGACGGCCAGAUGUCUCCAGGGCUAAUGCUUGCAGAGUUAUAGAAUAUUUUGGAGAAAAGUGUCUAGAGUCCUAUCAGCUCGAAGGGUGCGAGUCCGCAAUUUGCGCUUGCAUUAGCCUAGUGGGUUGCUUUGUAAACCUUUGGACUGGAAAUGAACGGGACGAUCUGUUUGAGUCUGCAUCUGAGCUUUAUGCAUGGUUUACUGACGUUUUAUUGGGAGAAGGCCUCGGGUCCUCAAAAGUACUUAUAAGACUUUCCGAUCUAUCAGAGGCCAUCCUACGAGCAAACCCUUCUCACCUGAAGGAGACCCGACAGGCCUCUCCUCGAACUACCCUUUUCAGAAUACUUCGGGAUGGCGACCUGGUAGUAAAAUUUCAUAUAUCACAACUUAUACCGGAUAUCUUCAGUCGGUUCGUACUAAAAGAACAUGAUGCUAUUCUUGAAGAUGUGAUCGACAGGUUACCCCAGGAUUCAACGUGGGCUGAAGGAAUUGCAUUGCGUCUAUACCUCUUUGCGCAGCUUGCGUCCCGUUGGCAUACACUUCUUCGCCAGAGUAUUUACCGCAUUUUUGAGACUUCUGGGAAUGUUCCAACAUCUAUUCCUCAUGCAAAAGCCUGCCUCCAGGAGAUUUCUGUAGAACUUGGCUUGGAUGGUCCUAAGGAAGUAUUUCAGCUAUUUACGCCACAGAUCCUUUACACUUGGAUGGACAAAGAGUCCGUGACUGAUAUUCCAUUUGCUGUGUUUGGGUAUCCUACGCUUCGUGAGCUUCUUGUUGACAUACAAGACGAAGUUGUAGGCCAAACUGCAAUGAGAGAAAAGGAGGAUGAUAAGAAAGCUAUAGAGGUUUGUCUAGAGAGAACAUUCGAGGAUUUAUUAUGCGAAUCGUUCUAUAAGGCUGAGGCAUACAGUGUCGCUCGUGACAUUAGCAUGCCCCCUUCACAAGAGGCAGGGGCCAAAGGAGCAGAACGUGGGAUGAUUAACCUUCUUGGGAAAGAGAAAUUUUUCCAACUAUCAGAGAGAUAUUUCCCUCAGACAGUCGCUACUCUCUUUGGUAGCAUCGAUCAAACGGAACAGAUUCAGAGGGCAUUUGAGAAACGGCCUACAUUUCAUCAUGCAUUAGUAGCCUGGCAAAACAUACAUGAACGGAGCCAUUCAGCGUCAGCCCUUCCUCUCAGUCAGCAACCUUGCUUCCGUGCAAGGUACCUUCUCGAUGAAAUUGAAUUUUUGUGCAAGAGGAGUGGUUUUGACAUUGAAACUAUGUGGACUCCGUCCCUAGUUUGUUUCGUUGCAAGAACACUUUUGGACUCGACGCACGCGGCCCUUGGUUCGCUGCAUACGUGUUCAGUUAUCCGCAAACUCAAGAUCUUGAUUUGUGUGGCGGGUCAAAUAUUACUAUAUGAUUAUCCAUUUGAGAUGCUUUUACGUGGAUUAAGCCCCUUCCUUACGGAUUUUCAUUGCGCAGAGGAUGCGAUUGGCCUGGUUUGGUAUCUAAUUGAAAAUGGCAAGGCAUAUCUUUCUGACAAUCCUUCAUUUACUGCCGGUCUAGCUGUUUCAAUAUUGGCAUCUCUUCGAGAAUUCUUGUCUGCACCUCAAGCGAGCACUACCCAAAGAGCUCACUUCAAGGCCACACUCGCCAAAGCGCAUGAGUUCCACCUUUGGUUCUCGGACUUUCUCAAAACAUAUAGCCCCUCAGCAGAAUAUAGCACUCUCGAUGGACCGUCUACGGAGUCUUUACGCAGGAUAAUCCAUGCAUCUCAGAAUAUUCAACUUGUCGGGAACGGUAUUAAGGGGACAUACGAAAGUGAGCUUAUUCUAGAGCUGUUGGGUGAUAAAAUCUCAGGACGGAACCUGUUAACAGCCCACACGAGUAAUCUCGUCUUAUCACAACUAUGUGGUAGCUUCCAGAGGCCGGACACUUUCCGAGAUGAUGUUUUGGGUGAGGGUGCCGUUGCUGCCUCCCAUGCAAUGACAUUAUGGUCCUCCGUCGAAAAUCGAACUCUGGGCAAAUCAUUUCGUCUCAGUGGCCCGGCUGGGCUGGCGGAGAGAACCCUGCAAAUGAUCUCGAAUAACAUUACCAGAGAUCUUCAGAUUGAUGAAUGCAUGCAAAUUAUACCCCCGACCCUACUGAAAGCUCUAACAUGGGAACCAUAUCAAUGCCCUAUGCUUGUCUUCUCAACAUCCACAAUGGCCCGUUUUAUAUCUUUACCACAACGAGACGCGACAAAUACGGCCUCUGAGUUUGCUCAACAUUUAGCACUGUUUCUAUGCAACAAAGUGGCUAAUGAUGCAGUUAUUGGGGCUUUACCAAAAAUCAUCUUUGAAGUUCCUUCCUUCGCAGUUCAAUUACUUCCAUAUAUCCUUCAUGACGUAUUGUUAUCUGAGAUUGACAGUAACCAGAAAACUAGAACUGAAGUUUCUGAACUCUUCAAAGAGACCCUUCAAAACAGCAAUGACUCAAUUAUACCCCAUAUUCGUUCGAUAAUAACGUGUAUUCUCUACCUUCGACGCCAGCCUUUACCCCGAGAGAACACCAUGGGUGAAAGAAAUGGGUGGCUUGAUAUUGACUUUAUGUUGACCGCAACAGCAGCGUCUCGCUGUCAAAUGUAUAAAACAUCGUUGUUAUUUUUGGAAAUAUGUCACUCACAGGCUGUUGGAGCAUCUAGACGGUCAUCUACGAUAGCACCACUAGAAUCUACCGAACUUCUCCAUCGCAUAUUCAAAAACAUUGAUGAUCCAGAUUCCUUCUAUGGUAUACAACAAGAUCAAUCUCUUGAUGCUGUACUGCAGAAGUUGGAACAUGAAAGCUCUGGGCUCAAGAACCUGUUCUUCCAGAGCGCGAAUUUCGACACCGACCUCAAGCUGGGACGAAAUAUAGACGACGGGGGAGCCUUUGAAAUGAUUAAAGCUCUCAAUUACACAAAUCUACAAGGACUUUCUAGUGCCAUGUUCCGUUCGUGCACCCCAACUUGCGCUAGUAACGAGGCUUUUGAUCACAUGCUUUCAACAAAUAUAUACUGCAACAGUGGGAUAUACCACCGCUUAACAAGUCGUGGGGAGUGGCUGAAGUCAGAAAGCUUUCAAGAUAUAAGUCAAAUACUGAUCAGCAGGGAAGCUAUAUUCUCGUCAAUUAGCCGCCGGUCACAUUUGAAGAAGAUGACAAACUUAAGCUCGAGAGACGCCCAAAUUCUAGAGGCUAAGUGUAUAAGAGAAUCACUGAGAAUUAGUACGGAGCACGGCAUUCCACAGGCAUCCCUCCAAUCGGCUAUGUCAUUAUCAAAACUGGUUCAACCCUGCGCUGAACUAGGGGUGAAAAUUGACGCAGCGACUGCAUUUGAUCUAGCAAACGUUCUCUGGGAUCAAGGUGAAAUGAAAACCUCCAUCAAGAUUCUGCAAAAUUUAAGUGAUCAAAAGGACUUGCACAGCCAGACUAUUCCCGUGAGUGUAGCAGAGAUUUUGGCUAGCUUAGGACACCACAUUGCAGAGGCUAGAUUAGAACAGCCAGAUGCCAUCAUUCAGAGCUACUUAGCCCCAUCUAUCAAAGAGCUAAAAGGGGAAUACACCGGCGGAGAAGCCGGUCUUGUAUUUCAUCAAUUCGCGACAUUUUGUGACCAGCAGCUACAGAAUCCAGACACAUUGGAAGACUUUGUCAGGCUAGAGCAUUUGCGAACAAGAAAGCUCAAAGAGGUAGCUGAUCUUGAGGAAAUGAUGAAAACGUCUGACGGAAAGACGAAGGACCAGCUUCGUACACAUCGAACGAAAGCAAAGCAAUGGUUUGAUCUGGAUGAUCGCGAAUACCAACGACUGAAGAAGAGCCGAGAGUCAUUUUUAUAUCAAUGCCUUGAAAAUUAUCUCCUAUCUUUAACAGCUUGCGACACCUUUGCGAAUGAUGUACUUCGCUUCUGUGCCUUAUGGCUUGACAAUUCAGAUAAUGAACAAGCUAAUAACGCCGUAUCAGGAUAUUUACGCGAAGUGCCGACCCGGAAGUUUGCUUCAUUGAUGAAUCAGUUAUCUUCAAGAUUGCUCGAUGUUGCAGAUACAUUUCAACCACUGUUAUCCGCAUUGGUUCUCCAAAUCUGCAUCGACCAUCCCUACCAUGGCAUGUACCACCUAUUUGUUAACAGCAGGUCUAAGAAGGAUAACGACCCAAAGGCUGUUUCACGCUAUAAUGCAGCAGGAAAAAUUGUGGAUGUGUUGAAAAAGUCCAAAAGAUCAGGUGAAUGGCUCGCAAUUCACAAUACCAGCUACCACUACUUGAACUUUGCGGCAGAACCAUUGGAAGGCAAAGUGAAGAGCGGAUCCAAGCUGGUGUUGAAGGAGACUAUAUAUGGCACUCGAAUGCAGAGCGCCAUCUCAAAUACUAAAAUACCACCACCUACUAUGACCAUUCCGCUUCGUGCCGAUUGUGACUAUAGCGAUGUUCCACAUCUGGUCAGUUUUCAGCCAACCUUUACCAUCGCGUCUGGUAUUAGUGCCCCGAAAAUUGUUACUGCUAUGGCAUCUAAUGGGUUUAAAUCUGGAAAUGAUGACUUACGUCAAGACGCAAUAAUGGAGCAGACUUUCGAACAAGUCAGUGACCUUCUCCGAGACCAUAGGGACACUAGACAACGAAAGUUAGGCAUCAGAACGUACAAAGUGUUACCACUGGCAUCGAAUUCUGGGAUUAUUGAAUUUGUCCAAAACACGAUGCCGUUAAAUGACUACCUGCUACCGGCACAUCAGCGAUACUUCCCCAGGGACUUCAAACCAAACCAGUGCCGCAAAUUUAUCAAUGACGCUCAGAGCAAAUCUCGAGAUCAGCGCAUCAAAGCCUACCGUCAUGUUACUGACCAUUUCCACCCUGUUAUGAAAUAUUUCUUCAUGGAGAAAUUCCUAAAUCCAGAUGAUUGGUUUAGCAAGCGUUUGGCAUACACUAGAAGUACAGCUGCUAUUUCCAUGCUUGGCCACGUGUUAGGCCUGGGAGAUCGACACGGCCAUAACAUCCUUCUGGAUACUGAAACAGGAGAGGCAGUGCAUAUUGACUUAGGUGUUGCAUUUGAGCAAGGCCGUGUUUUACCAAUUCCAGAGAGUGUGCCCUUCCGUCUAACUAGGGAUCUUGUGGACGGUAUGGGGAUUACAAAAACCGAAGGAGUAUUCCGGCGAAGUUGUGAAUUUACUCUUGCAGCCCUCCGUGAAGAGUCGUACAGUAUAAUGACUAUUUUAGAUGUCCUGCGUUAUGACCCGUUAUACAGCUGGACGUUGUCUCCUUUACGAAUGAAAAAGAUGCAAGACGCCCAAGAAGCUGAAAAUGGCGCGGUCACCUCCAACGAAGGUAGAAAAAAGACGAACCUCAACGAGCCUAAUGAGGCUGAUAGAGCUUUGACGGUUGUUCGGAAGAAGCUUGGCAAGUCACUGAGUGUAGCAGCCACUGUCAACGAAUUGAUUCAGCAAGCUACAGAUGAAAAGAACCUUGCUGUCCUGUACUGUGGCUGGGCUGCAUACGUCUAA